AUGGACGAGCUAUCGUUUACCGGAAACUCUGUGCGCGGAAUGUGUCCAAUUUUGUCUUUUGACUCGAAUUUUGAUACCAUCGACCAUCUAAAAGGCGUCAAAAGCGCCCUUCUUCAUAUUCUAAAAAAGGAAGACGGCGAGGCCGACCUUGUUGAAAUUGGCCCAAGAUUUGUUUUAACGCUGCUCAAAAUUUUCAAGUCAGGCUUCCAUGGACCCACUCUUUAUAACAAUGAGACGUUUAUUACGCCGACGAGCGUACAGGCUUUACUCCGCCAGCGAGGAAUCAUAAAUUCACAUCCAGACCGCUAUUUGCAAUCAAAGCGUCUUGAUGUACCGAGGAUUCCCGUGGAUCCUCUGGAGUCCGUAUUUGCCGACAAUGCUGGUAUAUCGGCCUCAGAUUAA